AAAAAUUGGAUAAAGAUGGGAUUUUUAUGGUUUAUCUGCCUCGAAUCGGUGGUCUUGAGCGCCACGGACCCGGGCGAUUACGCCGUUCUUGAUGAAUUCCGGAGAGGGUUGUCCAACUCGGAGCUGCUCGAGUGGCCUACGGACAACAACGAUCCCUGCGGCAAUCCGAGAUGGCCUCACGUCGGCUGCUCCGGUUCUCGGGUGACACAGAUUCAGUUGCAGAGCAUGGGAUUGAGCGGGCCUCUGCCUCAGAACUUCAACAAGCUCUCCAUGCUGACCAACAUUGGUUUUCAGAGGAACAAGUUCACCGGAAAGUUGCCAUCGUUCAAUGGUUUGUCUAGUCUGCAGCGUGCCUAUCUCGAUCUCAAUCAGUUCGACACCAUUCCCUCGGAUUUCUUCGUCGGCCUCGAUAAUCUGCAGGUUCUAACUUUGGAUCAUAACCCUCUGAAUCAGAGUACCGGGUGGACCUUGCCGUCGGACUUGGCCAAUUCGGCGCAGCUGAUGAAUCUGUCCCUGGUCGAGUGUAAUCUUGUCGGUCCGCUGCCGGAAUUCCUGGGAAGCAUGAAGUCUUUGACUACUCUGAGGAUAGCUCAGAACAAAUUCACUGGUGGGAUUCCGACAAGCUACUCAGGUAUGCCAUUGCAGGUCCUAUGGCUGAACGAUCAGGAAGGUGCAGGAUUAACCGGCUCGAUCGACAUCAUUGCUAGCAUGACAAUGCUGAGUGACGCUGUGGUUUAUGGAAAUCAGUUCUCAGGGCCUAUUCCCAGUUCGAUCGGCUCAUUAACUUCACUGAAACGGCUGCUCCUCAACAGCAACCAGUUUGUCGGCCUUGUUCCUGAGACUUUGAUGAGUUUGCCGAUGCUUCAGUCAUUGCGUUUGGACAAGAACAUGCUCAUGGGGCCAAUUCCAAAGGCGAGCUUCAGUGACUUCAAUUAUGCUCAUAAUUCGUUUUGCCAAUCAACACCAGGAGUGCCUUGCUCACCACAAGUCGAUGCACUUUUGGAAUUCCUUGAAGAAGUGAAUUAUCCAUCAAAGCUCACUCGUUCUUGGUCUGGCAAUGAUCCUUGCGCCGGGCCAUGGUUCGGUAUUUCCUGCUCCGAUGGCAAGGUUUCCAUUAUAAAUCUUCAGAACUCUCAAUUAAGUGGCACGAUUAGUGAAUCUUUGGGUAAGCUGGAUUCUCUCAUGAAUUUGAUUCUGAAGGGUAACAAUCUUACUGGCCCAAUUCCUCCUAGCAUGACAAGCUUGAAAUCGUUGAAGACACUCGACCUUUCUUACAACAAUCUCUCACCUCCUGUUCCUCAAUUCCCUAGUACUGUGACAGUCCUCCUUGAGGGAAACAAGUUGUUGAAGAAUUCUCCUCCUCCAGCAUCUCCUCCUCCUCCUCCAGCAUCUCCUCCUCCUCCAGCAACUCCUCCUCCAGCAUCUCCUCCUCCUCCAGCAUCUCCUCCUCCUCCUCCAGCAUCUCCUCCUCCUCCAGCAACUCCUCCUCCAGCAUCUCCUCCUCCUCCAGCAACUCCUCCUCCUCCAGCAUCUCCUCCUCCUCCAGAAACUCCUCCUCCAGCAUCUCCUCCUCCUCCAAAAUCUCCUCCUCCUCCAGCAUCUCCUCCUCCUCCAGCAUCUCCUCCUCCAGCAACUCCUCCUCCUCCUCCAGCAUCUCCUCCCAGUUCCGGCAGCAAUAACCCACCUGCCUCGCCUAGCCACACAUCUUCUUCUUCUACUUCUAGCGCGAAGAUCAUCAUUGCAACUGUAGUUGGAGCCUCAGUUAUACUGUUUGCCAUUCUAUUUUGGUACUGCCGUCGGAAGGGUAAAACCAAUGUGACUGCAGUGCCAAAUUCCUCCAUCUUGCGUCUUACGAAUCCUGAUGAUCCAGAAAGCUCAGCUGAUUUGACACCUAAAAUUACUAUCAGUAUCGGUGAUCAUAGUGGCACACCCGCCAUCAACUCAGGCAACCUGACGAUAACAAUCCAAGUGCUUCGAGUUGCUACGAAAAACUUUGCUCCCGAGAAUGUUCUCGGUCGGGGUGGAUUCGGUGUGGUCUACAAGGGGGAGUUGCAUGAUGGAACAUUGAUAGCAGUUAAGAGGAUGGAGUCUGGUGUUCCAAAUAACAAAGCUUUCGAUGAAUUCCAUUCUGAGAUUGCUGUUCUUUCAAAGGUCCGACACCGUAAUUUGGUCUCUAUUCUUGGUUACUCUGCAGAGGACAAUGAGAGACUUCUAGUAUACGAGUACAUGCAUCACGGAGCUUUGAGCAAGCAUCUCUUCCAAUGGAAGGAGCAGGGGUUGGAACCUUUGUGUUGGAAGAAGAGACUAACCAUCGCAUUGGAUGUUGCCCGGGGGAUGGAGUACCUUCAUUGUUUGGCUAACCAGUCCUUCAUUCACCGGGAUCUCAAGUCUUCCAACAUACUACUAAGAGAUGAUUACAGAGCAAAAAUUUCAGAUUUUGGACUGGUCAAAUUUGCCACAAACAAUAAAGCAUCUAUUGCAACUAGACUUGCUGGGACAUUCGGAUACUUGGCUCCAGAGUAUGCUGUGACCGGCAAAGUUACGACCAAAGUUGAUGUCUUCAGUUUUGGUAUUGUGCUCAUGGAGCUACUGACUGGUAUGAUGGCACUGGAUGAGAAACGACCCGAUGAAAGCUGCUACCUGGCCUCCUGGUUCUGCAGGAUGAAGGCCAGAUCGGAGGAUCUAAGGAGCAUCAUUGACCCGUCUAUAGACAUCACCGAUGAGACGUUCGAAGGUGUUUCCAUCAUUGCUGAACUAGCAGGCCAUUGUGCCGCACGCGAGCCUCACCAGCGGCCUGAUAUGGGGCAUGCAGUCGGUGUACUUGCUCCGCUUGUCGAGAAAUGGAUACCAACAACAACCGGUGAUCAGGAACAGGAUUACUACGCUUUAGAUUUUCAUCAACCCCUUCUUCAGAUGGUGGAGAGAUGGCAGCAUGCUGGUGAUACGACUAGUUCGAUCAACCUUCAAGACAGUAAAGGAAGCAUCCCAGCCAGGCCUGCUGGAUUCGCGGAGUCCUUCAAUUCUGCGGAUGGCCGGUGAAUGAA